UCAUUCUGUGUUCAUCGCGGCCUUAUAACUUACUGGUCGCCCUACUUCCGCAACGCGUUCAAUGGUUCUUUCAAGGAGGCAGAAGAGAAAGAGAUAACCCUUGAGGACGUGGAACCUUCGAUUUUCAAAACUUUCAUGGCGUGGAUGUAUUCCCAGAACAUAGUACUAGAUAAGCCCAUUGUUAAGCUACCGGAGCCAGAGCCAGAGAACACGGCAUAUGGGGAUUCGGAUCAAACGCUAACAGCUGUGCUGUAUUCUACCCUCGUAGACCUAUAUAUUUUCGCUGAUGAGUACGAUAUCAAGCAGCUUCGAAUCGACGUCAUCGAAAUGAUCCACUCGGCAAAUACCAACUGUAAACAUUUUAUCCCGGAUAUCCGUGCUGUUAGCAAAGCCCUUCACAAUCUGCCACCAACAUCUGGUCUUUAUAGAUACCUUGUCAACGUUUACGUGGGGGAUUGG